AUGACUGGUCAGUGUUUGAGAGAAAGCUGUAAAUAUCUUCACCCUCCAUCUCACCUCAAGGCUCAGCUUGAGAUUAAUGGAAGAAAUAAUACGAUUCAACAAAAAAUGGCUAGAAUGUUACAGCAAAUGCAUUUUGUGCUGCCUGGAUCCAGCCUGUCGUCAUUGGCUUCAUUUCCUGUCACUCAGAGUUUGGGGGCGGGGUCUGGGAUCAGCUACGCCCCCUAUGUCAUGCCUGUCUCUCAUGGGAUUGGUCUGAUCAACACUGAAAUGCUUCCCAGUAACCAUCAAGUCAUCGUCCCCUCUGCCCCUCGAGUAUUAGUACAGACCUCACACGCCUCUCAUCAGAAAGUGCUGCACUCUGACAAAAUGGAGGUGUGUAGGCAGUUUCAGCGGGGCAGCUGCUGCAGAGGAGAGACAGACUGUCGAUUCGCUCACCCCACUGACAGCACGAUGAUCGACAGCGCUGAUAACACAGUGACUGUGUGCAUGGACCAUGUGAGGGGGAACUGCAACAGAGACAAGUGCAAAUACUUCCACCCUACAGCACAUCAGCACAUCCAGCUUCAAACCAGACAGACCCUCAGCCCGUCCGCUACUGCCACAGCUGCUCCUCAUGCUCUGUUGGCUAAGCGUGUGGCUCUGGAGCCGACUGGAGUGGCAGGAGGUCUGUUUAACUGCGGCACACUGUCCUUCCAGCAGACCGUCAGCCCCACACCACUGCAGACGGCCACAGCGUUACUCCCCACAGUUCCCAUGAUGCUCGGCGCACCAGCUGUUCCUGCUGUUAGCCCUUAUGUCACUGCUGCCUCAGCAAACGCCAGUCAGAUCAUCUUAAAGUAAAGCACAGAAUACGGACCCACUGCUAAUAUAAUACACAUGAAUGAAAACUUUCAUUGUCAACAAUAUUGGGUUAG